GAGAGAGAUUGCGGCAGUACAAGAUAUGCUUCCCAAGUUUCCAACUCUAUUAGGAAGGUAGGCUAAUUCUGAUGAACCUCUUCCCGUGUUUUGUUAUUGCAGCAUUUCUACAAUUUGCGCUAGAUGUGUCCAUAGUUAGAACGAUCUUGCCCAGCCUUACAUCAGUCUCUUCUUUGAUGACAAAGUACAGAAUUAUUCAAUCACUCUACCCUAGACGUCAAGCCCCAAAUAAAAUGUAGGGAACAUCUGAUCUUUUUUAAGUUACACGGAGAGUUAAGUCUGUGCAAUAUUAUACUAGAGUAAAUCUUCGUCAAAUUAGCGCACCGGGGAAUAAUGGGCGCUUCGGGAGCCUUUUUUCUUUCAUAUCUAUAUAGUAUCAUCACUUUCCCACAUCUAUAAUCGAUAUCUACACAUCAUCUCACAGUCUUUAUUCAAUCUUGCCACGACAGUCAUUUCAAAAUGACUUUUUUUGGUCUCUUCGCUGGCAUCUUUGCUGCUGGUGCCGGAUUUAUCGGCACUUUAUCUCAAACCGCAACUAACGGAAAUUCUGUUUGGGGAACUCUACAAGCUCCAACUUAUCCUCCCUUUCUCUCAAAUAAUCCUCUUCCUUAUGGAUAUCCCUGGGGUUCAAUGACUGCAGGUGGGAAUAAUCCAUACACAUCAGCUCCACACACAGGGGCUGUUCGAUCCUAUGACUUUACCGUCACAAGAGGCCAAAUUUCCCCGGAUGGUUAUUUAAGAGAUGUUAUACUUAUUAAUGGCCAAUAUCCUGGACCUGCGAUCGAGGCAAAUUGGGGUGAUACCUUCGUGAUUACAGUACACAAUAAUAUCACUGGACCUGAGGAGGGAACAUCUUUCCAUUGGCAUGGAUUAUUACAAAAAGGAACUCAAUAUAUGGACGGUGUCCCUGCUGUAACACAAUGCCCUAUCGCCCCAGGAGCUUCUUUCACGUAUAAUUUCAAAGCCGAUCUCUAUGGAACUUCCUGGUAUCAUUCGCAUUACUCUGCUCAAUACGCUGGUGGACUUGUGGGACCUAUGAUUAUCCAUGGCCCUAAAAACGCACCCUAUGACAUUGAUCUUGGACCAGUUUUCUUAUCCGAUUACUAUCACAAGGAUUACUUUUCGAUAGUCAAAUCGGUUGUCGAGAGCAAUGGAGAUGGUAAACCAUUUUCAGACAACAAUCUCAUCAAUGGAAAAAUGAAUUUCGACUGUUCUACAAAAGCUGAAGGAGAUAACACAGAAUGCUCUGAUAAUGCUGGUUUAUCGCGAUUCAAGUUUACCACUGGAAAAACACACAGAUUGAGAUUAAUCAACGCCGGUGCUGAGGGAAUGCAAAGAUUCAGUAUCGAUGGACAUAAGAUGGUUGUUAUCGCCAAUGACUUCGUACCAGUUAAACCAUAUACCACCAACGUUGUCACCUUGGCAGUUGGUCAAAGAACCGAUGUUCUCGUCACCGCCAACGCCGGGUCAUCUGACUCAUCAUUCUGGAUGAGAUCAAACAUAUCCACAAUAUGUUCUUUAGCCAAUCAACCAAAUGCUCUUGCCGCAAUCUAUUACGACAGCGCCGACACAAACUCGACUCCAGCAAGUACCGCAUGGGAUGUUCCAGAUCCAGGAACUUGCACCAACGAUGAGUUAGACACCACCGAACCCUAUUAUUCCCUCUCCGCAGAAACACCUUCCACAACCCAAAACCUCGAUAUCAACUCCUACGUCAAUGAAACUGGAACCUUCCUUUGGACACUUGGCGGAACGUCUUUCCGUGCAAACUAUAACAGUCCAGUCCUCUCCCUCGCCAAUCAAGGAAAUUUCACCUACCCCGAUGAAUGGAACGUUCGAAACUUCGGCAGCAACACUACCAUUCGCAUCGUAGUCAACAACCCAACCCCCGCAUCGCACCCCAUGCAUUUGCACGGACACAACAUGCAAAUCCUUCACGAAGGUGACGGAGAUUGGGACGGCGUUACCAUUACCCGACAAUCGAACCCUCAACGACGAGACGUGCAACUCGUGCGAGCAAAUGGUCACUUGGUCUGGCAAAUCACCACGGAUAACCCGGGCGUCUGGCCUUUCCAUUGCCACAUCGCGUGGCACGUUAGCGGAGGUCUCUAUGCCAAUAUCUUGGAGCGACCAGACGAUAUCAAGAAUGACGACAUUUUCACCUCGACGGAGAAAUCGUGCACGGCUUGGAAUGCAUAUUCUAGCACAGCUGUUGUGGAUGAGAUUGAUUCGGGACUUUGAGUUUUUGCAAAUGGGGCCCGGUGUUUGGAGAAAUUUUAUCAUAUCCCUGCUGCGUUUGCCAUGGAAUGGAAAAGCCACUUGAUUUAUUCUUUUUAUUUCUUUUGUUUUUAUUUUUUCUUUCUUGAAACAUUUGUAUUAUGGGGUUAAGGGGAUUAGAUGCCAUGAUCGCAUGGAAACAAAGGGCGUCUAUAUCAGUGAUUGGGGACUUUUUACAUUUCUAAUGAUUCAUGAACA